AUGGUGAUCUACCUUGGGAUGUCCAUAGACUCCACUCUCAUGAGGGCACGUCUCCCUCAGGUGAGAGUAACAAAAUCCUGUCCUACCUCAACUGUUUCCAGCUCGGACGAGCCAUGUCGGUGUUAGUGCCAACAGUUACUCGGCCUACUGACGGGCAUUCUCCAUCAGGCCACUCCAGUUGGCCGCUGGAUCCCCCCAUGGAGUGGUCAACACAUCUAUGAGCUGGAGCUCAGGGUGGUUCGCCUAGCUCUUCAACAGUUCCAGCCCUACCUGGUUGGACAGCAUUUCCUGAUCCAAUGGCUCGGGAGCUCUUGCCGUGGGCCCAGACCUGCUUGGUAUUGCUGUGAACAGCACAUAUCCCCAGGGUCUGACAAUGCAGUGGACAUGCUCUCGAGAGACGGUCCGCCGGGGUGGGGGGACUAGAGUCUACACCUUCAGGUGGUGCUACAGCUUUGGGACAGGUUCGGGAGAGCACAGGUGGCCAUGGUUUCUUCCACCAAUGCAUCAUAUCAUAUUCUAUACCUGGUUUGAGAGCCAUAUGUGCAAACGGUUUUACGGUUUUCACAGUCACUGCUUGAUACGGGCCGAGCGGCAUCCACAUUGAGAGUGUAUUUAGCCGCUAUCCCGGCAUGCCAUGACGAAGGCCAAGAGGGACCCAUGGCUGGCUACCCAUUGCUCUCCAAACGUAUGAAGGGAGUUCGAUGUCUGUGUCCAGCAAUGACCCGCUCGGUGCCAAACUGUAACGUUGACGUGGUGCUGUCAGCGCUUGCUAAGCCGCCCUUGAAAGUCGAUGACUUUGAAGCACCUAUCCAUGAAGGUGGCAUUGCUGUUGGCUAUUACCUCCACUAAGAGGGUGAGUGAAUUUCAUGCCUUUUCAGUGAGCACUGAAUGUUUUUCAGAAUGGGUCCAGACAAGAGGAGUGUCACCCUCAGUCUUAACCCCUCAUUCUUGCCGAAGGUCCUGUUUGACAGACAUGUGAACCAGCACUUACAUUUGUUUGCAUAUGCUGCUCCCGUGGCUGCGGGUAAGCUGGGUGUUUUUUCCCGAAGUGUGCUCUGCCCGGAUCAGGGCUUUGGACACUUAUAUUACACAGACACAGGCAAUACGACAGUCUGAUUGGCUAUGGUGAGAGAGUUCUGGACCAGAGCCUAUCGAUACAAAGACUCUCACAUUGGAUUGUGGACACUAUGACUACAGCAUAUCGGCUGGCCAGCUGGCCUCUGCCGUCUGCUGUAGUGGGGCAUUCUACUAGAGGAGUAGCUACAUCGUUGGCACUGCUCCGAGGAGUUCCCCUCAAUGACAUCUGCGCCUUGGCCAGUUGGGCAUCGUCUAGCACCUUUUUCUAGGUACUAUCGAGUCAUUGUUGCCCCCGCCAAUGAGGUUGGAAUGUCUGUGCUGGCUGUUGCCUCCGCUUCCCUGAGUGGGAACGGGGGGACAUAGCAACUAUGACUGCCCUGAGCUCAGUCCUACAGGACUUUGCUCUCUGUAUGGCCCUUACAAAGUUUACAGAUGAAUCAGGUAUUUAUGAUGCCAUAUUGGAGUGAUUGAAGGUUAUGUAUGUAACCACGGUUAUGUGAGCUAUUGGAUCACUCCAAUCCACAUUGUCGAUGAUCAACGGUGCCUCGAAAAGGACACGAGGUGGAAGUAGUGGGGGGCAGCUAUUUAAGUGAUUCAGCCGCAGCCCUACCCAGUACACGGGACUUAUCUGAAAUUCUUACUCAGAAUUUAUCCUGCCACUCAAAAGGAUACAUUAUUGGAGUGAUCUAAUAGCUCACAUAACACUUUGUUAAACAACCCUGCCAAAUGAAAAUGCACAUUAUUGACUUCCUUUGUCCUAUUCAAUUAUCAAUGAAAUAGGCUAAUAAAUUGCCUAAUGCAUGGCUGGCAACUACAGCCUGCAUUUAUUCCAGACACAGAUUUAGAUGAUGGUAGGCUAAUUCGUUUGCCCCAAACGUUUCUCUCCCCUCACUUAUGCCACAACAUUUGUACAAUAAAAAUAAACGAUCUACAUUUGUCAUUUUAUUUUCUAACGAUCUGUCGCUCGGGUGAACAUGCCAGGGUGGCAAUAAAUUAUAAUAGCAAGCAAGCAUGGGCUUGGAUUACGACAUUAACGACAGACGUCGUCAGCAAUGGAAUAAUUAUACGGACAGACAAAGUAGGACUACUAAACAACGGCAAGUAGGCAUACAAAAACAACCAUAUGGCCUCAGCAAAGUCGACAGGAAACAACUACAAUGAACAACAAUGACUAGCUACGGAUUCUGAUUCAUACAUAAUGUUUGGAGAAGGGGAGACUGUGAAUGAGUGAAGCAGAGCUGCCAGGUAUUAUCUGGGGAAAUGAGAGCAGAGGGAGAGCGGCUUGUUAUAAUCCAAUUGUUGCAGCAGGCUCAACCGAUACCCUGCCCAUGUCUUUACAGACAGAAGAACUAGAAAAUAGUUGUUUAUAGCACACAGCGCUUCACAAUGUUUGAGUGAAAGAGAGAUGCGUGCUGUCAGCUGAAAAUUACAUUUUCCCGAUCACGGAUAAUUACAGAAAAUACUUGUCAUAAUCGUAUUCUGAAAAUUCUCCUUAUCCGUUACUAUACUAGUUUUGUCCGAAUACUCGGCACACCCCUACUGUACAUGUAAACAGGGCUGAAAAGUGAGUGGUCGCAGGACUAUAUACUGUAAACACAGGGCCUUCAGAAAGUAUUCAUACCCCUUGACUUUUUCCACAUUCUGUUGUGUUACAAAGUGGGUUUAAAAUGGAUUUAAUUGUAAUUUUUUGUCAACGAUCUACACAAAAUACUCUAAUGUCAAAGUGGAUGAAAAAUUCUAACGUGAUUUAAAAAUAUAUAUAUACAGUAUCUAUACAGUGGGGGAAAAAAGUAUUUAGUCAGCCACCAAUUGUGCAUGUUCUCCCACUUAAAAAGAUGAGAGAGGCCUGUAAUUUUCAUCAUAGGUACAUGUCAACUAUGACAGACAAAAUGAGAAAAAAAAUUCCAGAAAAUCACAUUGUAGGAUAUUUAAUGAAUUUAUUUGCAAAUUAUGGUGGAAAAUAAGUAUUUGGUCAAUAACAAAAGUUUCUCAAUACUUUGUUAUAUACCCUUUGUUGGCAAUGACAAAGGUCAAACGUUUUCUGUAAGUCUUCACAAGGUUUUCACACACUGUUGCUGGUAUUUUGGCCCAUUCCUCCAUGCAGAUCUCCUCUAGAGCAGUGAUGUUUUGGGGCUGUCGCUGGGCAACACAGACUUUCAACUCCCUCCAAAGAUUUCCUAUGGGGUUGAGAUCUGGAGACUGGCUAGGCCACUCCAGGACCUUGAAAUGCUUCUUACGAAGCCACUCCUUCGUUGCCCGGGCGGUGUGUUUGGGAUCAUUGUCAUGCUGAAAGACCCAGCCACGUUUCAUCUUCAAUGCCCUUGCUGAUGGAAGGAGGUUUUCACUCAAAAUCUCACGAUACAUGGCCCCAUUCAUUCUUUCCUUUACACGGAUCAGUCAUCCUGGUCCCUUUGCAGAAAAACAGCCCCAAAGCAUGAUGUUUCCACCCCCAUGCUUCACAGUAGGUAUGGUGUUCUUUGGAUGCAACUCAGCAUUCUUUGUCCUCCAAACACGACGAGUUGAGUUUUAACCAAAAAGUUAUAUUUUGGUUUCAUCUGACCAUAUGACAUUCUCCCAAUCCUCUUCUGGAUCAUCCAAAUGCACUCUAGCAAACUUCAGACGGGCCUGGACAUGUACUGGCUUAAGCAGGGGGACACAUCUGGCACUGCAGGAUUUGAGUCCCUGGCGGCGUAGUGUGUUACUGAUGGUAGGCUUUGUUACUUUGGUCCCAGCUCUCUGCAGGUCAUUCACUAGGUCCCCCCUUUGGGAUUUUUGCUCACCGUUCUCUUGAUCAUUUUGACCCCACGGGUGAGAUCUUGCGUGGAGCCCCAGAUCGAGGGAGAUUAUCAGUGGUCUUGUAUGUCUUCCAUUUCCUAAUAAUUGCUCCCACAGUUGAUUUCUUCAAACCAAGCUGCUUACCUAUUGCAGAUUCAGUCUUCCCAGCCUGGUGCAGGUCUACAAUUUUGUUUCUGGUGUCCUUUGACAGCUCUUUGGUCUUGGCCAUAGUGGAGUUUGGAGUGUGACUGUUUGAGGUUGUGGACAGGUGUCUUUUAUACUGAUAACAAGUUCAAACAGGUGCCAUUAAUACAGGUAACGAGUGGAGGACAGAGGAGCCUCUUAAAGAAGAAGUUACAGGUCUGUGAGAGCCAGAAAUCUUGCUUGUUUGUAGGUGACCAAAUACUUAUUUUCCACCAUAAUUUGCAAAUAAAUUCAUUAAAAAUCCUACAAUGUGAUUUUCUGGAAAAAAAAAUCUCAAUUUGUCUGCCAUAGUUGACGUGUACCUAUGAUGAAAAUUACAGGCCUCUCUCAUCUUUUUAAGUGGGAGAACUUGCACAAUUGGUGGCUGACUAAAUACUUUUUUCCCCACUGUAUAUAUAAGUAUUCAUCCCCCUGAGUCAGUACAUGUUAGAAUCACUUUUGGCAGCGAUUACAACUUUGAGUCUUUCUUGGUAAAGUCUGUAAGAGCUUUCCACACCUGGAUUGUGCAACAUUUGCCCAUUAUUCUUUUCAAAAUUCAUCAAGCUCUGUCAAAUUGGUUGUUGAUCACUGCUAGACAACCAUUUUCAGGCUUUGCCAUAGAUUUUCAAGCAGAUUUAAGUCAAAACUGUAACUCGGCCACUCAGGAACAUUCACUGUCUUCUUGGUUAGCAACUCCAGUGUAGAUUUGGCCUUGUGUUUUAGGUCAUUGUCUUGCUGAAAGGUGAAUUAAUCUCCCAGUGUCUGGUGGAAAGCAGACUAAACCAGGUUUUCUUCUAGCAUGUUGCCUGUGCUUAGCUCCAUAUAAUUUAUUUGUUAUCCUGAAAAACUCUCCAGUCCUUAACGAUUACACUUCAGCGAGCAGGCCUUUCUAAUUGACCUGGCCCGGGUAUCCUGGAUGGAUAUUGACCUCAUUCCGUCAGUAGAGGAUGCCUGGUUGUUCUUUAAAAGUGCUUUCCUCUCCAUCUUAAAUAAGCAUGUCCCAUUCAAAAAAUGCAGAACUAAGAACAGAUAUAGCCCCUGGUUCACCCCAGACUUGACUGCCCUUGACCAGCACAAAAACAUCCUGUGGCGUACUGCAUUAGCAUCGAACAGCCCCCGCGAUAUGCUACUUUUCAGGGAAGUCAGGAACCAAUAUACACAAUCAGUUAGGAAAGCAAAGGCUAGAUUUUUCAAACAGAAAUUUGCAUCCUGUGUUACUAACUCCAAAAAGUGUUGGGACACUGUAAAGUCCAUGGAGAAUAAGAGCACCUCCUCCCAGCUGCCCUCUGCACUGAGGCUAGGAAACACUGUCACCACCGAUAAAUCUACGAUAAUCGAGAAUUUCAACAAGCAUUUUGCUACGGCUGGCCAUGCUUUCCACCUGGCUACCCCUACCCCGGCCACCAGCUCUGCACCCUCCGCUGCAACUUGCCCAUGCUCCCCCCCCCCCCCCCGCUUCUCCUUCACCCAAAUUCAGACAGCUGAUGUUCUGAAAGAGCUGCAAAAUCUGGACCCCUACAAAUCAGCUGGGCUAGGCAAUCUGGACCCUUUCUUUCUAAAAUUAGCCGCCGAAAUUGUCGCAACCCCUAUUACUAGCCUGUUCAACCUCUCUUUCGUAUCGUCUGAGAUCCCCAGAGAUUGGAAAGCUGCCGCGGUUAGACCGUAAACUCUCCUUCCAGACUCACAUUAAGCAUCUCCAAUCCAAAGUUAAAUCUAGAAUCGGCUUCCUAUUUCGCAACAAAGCCUCCUUCACUCAUGCUGCCAAACAUGCCCUCGUAAAACUGACUAUCCUACCGAUCCUUGACUUCGGCGAUGUCAUUUACAAAAUAGCCUUCAACACUCUACUCAGCAAAUUGGAUGUAGUCUAUCACAGUGCCAUCCGUUUUGUCACCAAAGUCCCAUAUACUACCCACCAUUGUGACCUGUACGCUCUCGUUGGUUGACCCUCACUACAUAUUCGUCGCCAAACCCACUGGCUCCAGGUCAUCUAUAAAUCACUGCUAGGCAAAUCCCCGCCUUAUCUUAGCUCAUUGGUCACCAUAGCAACACCCACCCGUAGUAUGCGCUCCAGCAGGUAUAUCUCACUGGUCAUCCCCAAAGCCAACACCUCCUUUGGCCGCCAUUCCUUCCAGUUCUCUGCUGCCAAUGACUGGAACGAACUGCAAAAAUCUCUGAAGCUGGAGACUCUUAUCUCCCUCACUAACUUUAAGCAUCAGUUGUCGUAAAUGUAAAUGUAAUGUAAAUGUUGUCAGAGCAGCUUACCGAUCACUGCACCUGUACACAGCCCAUCUGUAAUUAGCCCACCCAACUACCUCAUCCCCGUAUUGUUAUUUAUUUUGCUCAUUUGCACCCCAGUAUCUCUAAUUGCACAUCAUCUUCUGCACAUCUAUCACUCCAGUGUUAAUACUAAAUUGUAAUUAUUUUGCACUAUGGCCUAUUUCUUGCCUUACCUCCAUAACGUACUACAUUUGCACACACUGUAUAUAGAUUUUCUAUUGUGUUUUUGACUGUACGUUUUGUUUAUCCCAUAUGUAACUCUGUGUUGUUUUUAUCGCACUGCUUUGCUUUAUCUUGGCCAGGUCGCAGUUGUAAAUGAGAACCUGUUCUCAACUGGCUUACCUGGUUAAAUAAAGGUGAAGAAAAAAAAGAAGAAAAAAUACCCAUAACAGAAUGUAGCCACCACUAUGCUUGAAAAUAUGGAGAGUAGUACUCAGUAAUGUGUUGUAUUGGAUUUUCCCCAAACAUAACACUUUGUAUUCAGGACAAAAAGUUAAUUGGUUUUCCACAUUUUUUGCAGUAUUACUUUAGUGCCUUGUUGCAAACAGGAUGCAUGUUUUGGAAUAUUUGUAUUCUGUACAGGCUUCCUUUUUAUCACUCUGUCAAUUAGGUUAGUAUUGUGGAGUAACUACAAUGUUAUUGAUUCAUGCAAAGUUUUCUCCUACCACAGCCAUUAAACUCUGUAACUGUUUUAAAGUCACCAUUGGCCUCUCCGGCAACUGAGUUAGGAAGGACGCCUGUAUCUUUGUAGUUACUGGGUGUAUUGAUACACCAUCCAAAGUGUAAUUAAUAACUUCACCAUGCUCAAAGGUGAAUUAAUCUCCCAAUAGGUAGAAACCUCCCUGGUCUUUGUGGUUGAAUUUGUGUUUGAAAUUCACUGCUCAACUGAGGGACCUUACAGAUAAUUGUAUGUGUGGUGUACAGAGAUGAGGUAGUCAUACAAAUAUCAUGUUAAACAACAUUAUUGCACACAGAGUGAGUUCAUGGAACUUAUUAUGUGACUUGUUAAGCACCUGUUUACUCCUGAACUUAUUUAGGCUUGCCAUAACAAAAGGGUUGAAUACUUAUUCACUCAAGACAUUUCAGCUUUUCAUUUUUAAUUAAUUUGUAAAAAUAUCAAAAAACAUAAUUCCACUUUGACAUUAUGGGGUAUUGUGUUUAGACCAGUGACAAAACAUCUAAAUGUAAUCCAUUUUAAAUUCAGGCUGUAACAACAAAAUGUGGAAAAUGUCAAUGGGUGUGAAUACUUUCUGAAGGCACUGUACUUAUGAUUAUAUACUAAUGGCAAUAUAUACAGUGCCUUCGGAAAGUAUUCAGACCCCUUUACUUUUUCCACAUUUUGUUACGUUACAGCCUUAUUCUAAAAUUGAUUAAAUUGUGUUUUUCCCUCAUCAAUCUCCCCAUAAUGAGAAAGCAAAAAUAGGUUUUUAGAUUCAGAUCCUUUACUCAGUACUUUGUUGAAGCACCUUUGGCAGCGAUUACAGCAUCAAGUCUUCUUGGGUACGACGCUACAAGCUUGGCACACCUGUAUUUGGGGAGUUUCUCCCAUUCUUCUCUGCAGAUCCUCUCAAGCUAGAGAUCUGUGCCUCGACACAAUCCUGUCUCGGAGCUCUAAGGACAAUUCCAUCGACCUCAUUGCUUGGUUUUUGCUCUGACAUGCACUGUCAACUGUGGAACCUUAUAUAGACAGGUGUGUGCCUUUCCAAAUCAUGUCCAAUCAAUUUAAUUUACCACAGGUGGACUCCAAUCAAGUUGUAGAAACAUCUCAAGGAUGAUCAAUGGAAACAGGAUGCACCUGAGUUCAAUUUCUAGUCUCAUAGCAAAGGGUCUGAAUACUUAUGUAAAUAAGGUAUUUAUGUUUUUUUAUGUUAAAUACAUUUGCUAAAAUUUCUAAAAACCUGUUUUCGCUUUGUCAUUAUGGGGUAUUGUGUGUAGAUUGCUGAGGAUAAUUUUUUAUUUAAUCAAUUUUAGAAUAAGGCUGUAACGUAACAAAAUGUGUAAAAAGUAAAGGGGUCUGAAUACUUUCCGAAGGCACUGUACAUGUAAACAGGAGUAAUAGUGACCAGUAGCAGGAUAAAUAGAUAAAUAUUAAUGGCAAUGGCAAUCAAUAAUCAAUGGACAUAAGCGUAAUGGAGUAAUACAUCUCAAAUCAAAUCAAAAUCAAAUCAAAUUAUAUUUGUCACAUACAACAGGUGUAGACCUUACCGUGAAAUGCUUACUUACAAGCCCUUAAACAACAAUGCAGUUUUAAGAAAAAUAAGAGUUGAGAAUUUAAUUACUAAAUAAACUAAAGUAAAAAAAAAAAAAAACUGUAACAAUAAAAUAACAAUAACGAGGCUAUAUACAGGGGCUACCAGUACCGAGUCAAUGUUAGGGGGUACAGGUUAGUCAAGUUAAUUGAGGUAAUAUGUACAGUACCAGUCAAAGGUUUGGACACACCUACUCAUUGGACUGCAGAGUGAAGGAAAAGCAGCCAUCAAGUGCUCAGCAUAUGUGGGAACUCCUUCAAAACUCCUGGAAAAGCAUUCCUCAUGAAGCUGGUUGAGAGAAUGCCAAGAGUGUGCAAAGCUGUCAUCAAGGCAAAGGGUGGCAACUUUGAAGAAUCUCAAAUAUAAAAUAUAUUUUGAUAUAUUUAACCCUUUUUUUUGUUACUACAUGAUUCCAUAUGUGUUAUUUCAUAGUUUUGAUGUCUUCGCUAUUAUUCUUCAAUGUAGAAAAUAGUCAAAAUAGAGAAAAACCCUUGAAUGAGUAGGUGUUCUAAAACUUUUGACCGGUAGUGUACAGUGGGGAAAAAAUGUAUUUAGUCAGCCACCAAUUGUGCAAGUUCUCCCACUUAAAAAGAUGAGAGAGGCCUGUAAUUUUCAUCAUAGGUACACGUCAACUAUGACAGACAAAUUGAGAAAAAAAAAUCCAGAAAAUCACAUUGUAGGAUUUUUAAUGAAUUUAUUUGCAAAUUAUGGUGGAAAAUAAGUAUUUGGUCACCUACAAACAAGCAAGAUUUCUGGCUCUCACAGACCUGUAACUUCUUCUUUAAGAGGCUCCUCUGUCCUCCACUCGUUACCUGUAUUAAUGGCACCUGUUUGAACUUGUUAUCAGUAUAAAAGACACCUGUCCACAACCUCAAACAGUCACACUCCAAACUCCACUAUGGCCAAGACCAAAGAGCUGUCAAAGGACACCAGAAACAAAAUUGUAGACCUGCACCAGGCUGGGAAGACUGAAUCUGCAAUAGGUAAGCAGCUUGGUUUGAAGAAAUCAACUGUGGGAGCAAUUAUUAGGAAAUGGAAGACAUACAAGACCACUGAUAAUAAUGUUUGGAGGACAAAGAAUGCUGAGUUGCAUCCAAAGAACACCAUACCUACUGUGAAGCAUGGGGGUGGAAACAUCAUGCUUUGGGGCUGUUUUUCUGCAAAGGGACCAGGACGACUGAUCCGUGUAAAGGAAAGAAUGAAUGGGGCCAUGUAUCGUGAGAUUUUGAGUGAAAACCUCCUUCCAUCAGCAAGGGCAUUGAAGAUGAAACGUGGCUGGGUCUUUCAGCAUGACAAUGAUCCCAAACACACCGCCCGGGCAACGAAGGAGUGGCUUCGUAAGAAGCAUUUCAAGGCCCUGGAGUGGCCUAGCCAGUCUCCAGAUCUCAACCCCAUAGAAAAUCUUUGGAGGGAGUUGAAAGUCCGUGUUGCCCAGCGACAGCCCCAAAACAUCACUGCUCUAGAGGAGAUCUGCAUGGAGGAAUGGGCCAAAGAGGGAGAAUGUCAGACCAUCCAUCUUUGAGCUGAAGCUGAAGCGCAGCUGGGUCAUGCAGCAAGACAAUGAUCCAAAACACACAAUCAAAUCUACAUGAAAAUUGCUAAAAAGCAACAAAUUGUACGUUUUGGAAUGGCCUAGUCAAAGUCCAGACCUAAUCCCAAUUGAGAUGUUGUGGCAGGACUUGAAACGAGCAGUUCAUGCUUGAAAACCCACACGUCACUGAGUUAAAGCAGUUCUGCAUGGAAGAGUGGGCCAAAAUUCCUCCACAUCGACGUGAGAGACUGAUCAACAACUACAGGAAGCAUUUGGUUGGAGUCAUUGCAGCUAAAGGUGGCACAACCAGUUACUGAGUGUAAGGGGGCAAUUACUUUUUCACACAGGGGAAUUGGGUGUUGCAUAACUUUGUUUAUGAAAUAAAUAUGUCUUUGUUGUGUUAUUUGUUCACUUAUGUUCCCUUUAUCUAAUACUAGGUUUUGGUUGAAGAUCUGAUAACAUUCAGUAUCACAAAUAUGCAACAGUAGAGAAAAUUAGAAAGGGGGAAAAUACUUUUUCAUAGCACUGUAUGCUAAUGAAAAAAUAAAUACUUUAAAUAUCUUCUAUCUUAUGAACCAUAUAUCAGAUUGACUCCAGAUUUGGUAUAGACUCAAUUAUACUGAACAAAAAUAUAAACGCAACAUGCAACAAUUUCAAAAAUGUUACAGAGUUACAGAUCAUAUAAGGAAAUUAGUCAAUUUAAAUAAAUAAAUUAGGCCCUAAUCUAUGGAUUUCACAUGACUGGACUGGGGUGCAGCCAAUGGUGGGCCUCUUCCCGCAGGUGAAGAAGCCAGAUGUGGAGGUCCUGGGCUGGUGUGGUUACACGUGGUCUGCGGUGGUGAGGCCGGUUGGACGUACUGCCAAAUUCUCUGACACGGCGUUGGAGGCAGCUUAUGGUAGAGAAAUGAACAUUUAAUUAUCUGGCAACAGCUCUGGUGGACAUUCCUGCAGUCAGCAUGCCAAUUGCACGCUCCCUCAGUGCUUGAGAAUGUGUGGCAUUGUGUUGUGUGACAAAACUGCACAUUUUAAAGUGUCCUUUUAUUGUCCCCAGCACAAGGUGCACCUGUGUAAUGAUCAUGCCGUUUAAUCAGCUUCUUGAUAUGCCACACCUGUCAGGUGGAUGGAUUAUUUUGGCAAAGGAGAAACGCUCAGUAACAGAGAUGUAAACAAAUGUGUGCACAAAAUUUGAGAUAAAUAAUAUUUUUGUGAAAAUGUCUUGGAUUUUUCAUUUCAGCUCAUGAAACAUGGGACACUUUACAUGUUGUAUAUAUAUUUUUGUUCAGUGUAAUUAGCCUCUGAAUUUGAGAAUGAUUAGUUGCUGCAUUCAAAGUCGGCCAUGCUACACCACUUGAUGGCACCAUAUCUCACCAGGGCUGUAAGAACUGAACCGAUGGACAUGGGUCCAUUAAAUUUGGUAUGUAAACCUUAUGUAUACAUAUGUCCUUUGAAGUUGUUUGAAGAUAAAGUCACUGCAACCUUAGGUGGCUACACCAGACCAGUUGGUGCCACUAUAGAUGCCAUUGACACCAGUGGCAAAACUAUUGAUCAAUUGGAUUUGUCUCUUGCAAAUUAAUGUUAGAUUUAAAUUAUGCAGACGAACAAUGUGAAACAUUUUGAAAAUAACGCUGAAGAUAUUUCCCAAAUCUGAACAUAACCCAUUAGUCAAAUUGAUCACAUAAUUGGUAUAUAAACUCAAUAUAUUAAGUAAUGACUUGAACAAUGAUUACUUGCUAGACUAAACUUAACUAGACUAAACUUCACUUGCGUCAUCCUUGUGGUAUUGAGAGAUAAACAUGGUAAUGAUCUUGUCCUUUUUGUCAUCCUGUGAAUCCCGUUCUUUCUUGCUCGCUGCUAUAUUUAGAAGUUAACAUUUACAUUUAAUUUAUAUUUCAAUGGUGUACCAGCUAAAUUGCAGUGGUCUCAACUUGGGAUAGGUUCAUUCUACCGAUGAUGGGCACAACACGAACACCUCAGAUGAAAUAAAAUAGGUUCUUAGCUACAACAUACGUGUUCACAAAUUUUUUGAUAACUGAGGUUAAUGGUAAAAAAAGUUAAAUAUUUGUUGUUUAAAAAUAUUUUUUCUAUAAAUUAUACAAUUGUUUAACCCUGUUUGUAAGCUUUCAAAUUAUAUAAAACUCAACCGUUUUUCAGUGAUGAAGACAUGGAUGUCUCAUGCUAGGGUGGGUUAUGCAAAAUUGUCAACUUUGAGCACCUCUAUUUUGGCAUUCAGGUCAUUUGCGUUGACCCAUUUUUGCACUGACUAUGCACACUCAUUGGACUCUACCCACACACUAACACAUACUUACACUGACACUCCAACACACAAACAAACACACACACACACACACUACAUACGCUCACACACACACACUGCUGCUACUCUGUUUAUUAUCUAUGCUGAUUACUUUUACCCCGUACUUACAUGUAGAUAUUAUCUCAACUACCUUGUAUCCCUGCACAUUGACUCGGUAUAUAGCCUCCUUAUCUAUUGUGUUACUAUUUUCUAUUUGCUAAUUGUCUUACUUUUGAACUCUGCACUGUUGAAAAAGGGCUCGUAAGUAAGCAGUUCAGGGUAAAGUCUACACCUGUUGUAUUUGGCACAUGUGACUUUUUUCACAUUUUGACCACAAGCUGCUACAGCAUGUAACGACUAUAUUGUUGGGAGUAAUGGGUUAAUUAAUAAAGUGGUUAGAAAUCACCACUAGAGGGCAUAGGAAUAAUGAGAAGUAUUAGCCUAUGUAUCAUUUGAGUUCAGGAAGUCUUUUUUGAUCCCUAUUGUAAAAAUCCCCAUCCACCUUUUUAAAUCUUAAAUCACAAAUGUGUGGGCCAUUGCACAUUUAUCUACUGAUCAAGUCUUGUUAUUGUAUAAGGCCCUCUUUGUUUCUUACAUAGUGUGUAGUGUACUUACAGUAUGCUGCUGUGUCUGUGUGUUAUGUAGGCUAUGUAGAGAGGCCUUCGGGGGAGCCCGGCUGGGGCAGGCUAGAGCUGGCAGCAGUCAUCCUGGUGCCCUCUGCCCUGCUCUGUGUGAGCAUCCUGCUGGGUGUGUGUGUGAUGCAGGGCCAGCGCUGUGCCUACAACAGGGCCCACAAGAAUGACGUGGAGGAGCCCCUGGACGACCAGAGUCUCAUGUCCCCCGAUAACUGUCUUAAAGACCUCAUCUACGGUAUGAGCACCUCCAGCUCAGGGUCUGGUAAGAGAGAGUCUAUACAUGUAUGGUUCAAUAGAAAUCACUAGAAUGGGCAUCCCCCUUCAAGUCAAUGGGUCUGUAAUGGUGAUUCCAUUUAGGCAUGCAUCAGAGGAGAGAAGAUAAUGGUGCUCUGAUAGAUGGACCUCAUAACGAAUUUAGCAUUUUAAAUCAAUUUGAUGUUUUAAUAUUGAAAAUUGUAUUCGCUUGAUAUGGCGACAUUGGGCAGCAAGUGAGAGUAACAACACAUUGAGUUCAGAGAGUUUCCAAUUAGUUGAUGUUCCUGACAGAGCAUUUGUAACAUGAAAUCCUGAUUAAUCUGGUUUUGUUUUACAGGGCUACCACUGCUGGUACAACGGACAAUAGCUCGGACCAUCGUGCUGCAGGAGACCAUUGGGAAGGGCCGCUUCGGGGAGGUGUGGCGAGGGAAGUGGCGAGGGGAGGAUGUGGCGGUGAAGAUCUUCUCAUCCCGUGACGAGAGGUCCUGGUUCAGAGAGGCAGAGAUCUAUCAGACCAUCAUGCUCAGACACGAGAAUAUCCUGGGAUUCAUUGCAGCUGAUAACAAAGGUACUUAUUGACAUAUUUGGUCCAAAAGGCACCCUAUUUCCUAUAUAGUGCACUACUUUUCACCAGAGCCCUAUUUACUAUAUAGGGAAUAGGGUGCCAUUUGGGACGUAUCCUUGACAUAACUGCCCUUGAUAUGUUCCUUUGACUAUAUAGUGACUUAAGCAGGAAAAGCUCCUGGCCCUAACUACAUUUCAUGUCAUGUAUAUUGUUUUGAUGUGUGACAAGAAGCGUUCUCAGUAUGACUGUACACAUACACUAACCCCAGGUGUAUGACCAUGCCUUCUGCUGCCUUUUGCAGAUAACGGCUCUUGGACCCAGCUGUGGCUGGUGUCAGAGUACCACGAGCACGGCUCCCUGUUUGAGUACCUGAACAGGUACACAGUGUCUGUGGACAGCAUGAUCAUCCUGGCCUUGUCCAUCGCCAGCGGCCUGGCACACCUCCACAUGGAGAUCAUUGGCACUCAGGGUAAGGGAUUGGCACCGCAAUCCUUUCAGCCUAGAUCUUACCUCCCUGUAAUGGGAAUUUAAGAUCACUAAAUAUCAUUUUUAGAUUCAGUGUGAUUGAUAUGAUGUAGCAUAUUUAGAGUCUCUGUAUCCUAACGCUACAGGUCCACAGAUCUACCAUACACUACAUGGCUAUUAUUUGUAGUGUGGUAUGGGCUUCAAUAACAAUAGAAAAGCUGUGUAUCUGUCCGUCUAGUUUUGCACUGAUGCCAUUCCCACUUUAGAUAUUCUAUUCAACAUCCCACAGGAUUUACAUGUAUUCUUCUAGUGGUAAAAAUGAUUCACCAAAGGUCAGAACUUUAAUUACAUUGACUAGGUGAGGGCCUCCUUUUAUAACAGAAUAACCAUAGAAAAAUCCUCUUUCUAAUCUUAGAAAAGCUACUUUCCAAAGCACACUUCUUUGUGUUGCUAGUUACUUGCUGAAGUGACCUUGUCGUAUUCACAACAAUAGCCUUAUUUCUAUUUUUCUAUACAACUUUUUGCUUCUGAAUUAUUUAAUGUUUACACAGUACUACUGUUAAUCUAUUGUUAGCAACUAUUUUGCAAGGGCUAUAUAACAGUGACAACAAACAUCUACCCAUGUUUAAUGUUAGCAAGUUAUUGAAUAGACAUGAAAUAUAACCAGAACUAUGUUGUAAUGAGUGCAUCCAUUCUUAGCACCAGACAUGUAUUUGGCAAGGGCCAUACAACAGUGACAAUAAACCCAUGUAUAACAUUAGCAAGUUAUUGAAAUUACAUGUAACUAUGAAUUGUGAUGCGUCUUACAGGGAAACCUGCCAUUGCCCACAGAGAUAUCAAGUCUAAAAACAUUCUGGUGAAGAAGAAUGGGACAGCCGUCAUAGCAGACCUCGGAUUGGCUGUGAAACACGAUUCCAGCGCCAACACCAUCGACAUACCGUCCAAUCACAGAGUAGGAACAAAGAGGUAACUAGGCAGCUUUUACCUGAGAGAGAAGAACAUGGGCAUGUCUACUAGCCACUUUGAUCGACUUCUUUUUCAAUUAUUAGUAUUUUAUCUUUUAAUAUCCUUUUAGAGAGAUGGAGGGAGCAAUAUUGGCCGACGAUCAGGAAGGUCUCACAUUGACUUUGAGUAUGUCCAGAAUGCCACAGCUCUGGUCAAAAAUAGGGCACUAGGGAAUAUGGUGCCAGUCUUUACCUCAUCUCCCUUGCCCUCAUUUGUUUAUGAAAUUGAUGGCUAGCCGAGAGGUAUCCUCUUCCACGUGCUACCUUCAUCAUUCAGAGCUCCUAUUUUUAGGUCACCAUAUGUUGUUUGUUAACUGUUAAUAUAGUGAUGGGACCGCUGCUCACAUGGAGCCCUGUCUUCUGUCUAUAUAAUAAUAUAAUGUAUUUGUCUGUGUAUCUCUGUGUGCCUGCUGCCUGCAGGGUGAGAAAUUAACUUUUUGGUCUACCAGCCACUGGUGGAGAUUUUUUACCUGCCAAAAUAUAUUUUUCUCCAUAAUUACACCAAAAAUCACCCAAAAAAUGUAUUACUAGUAAGAAGUCAUGGGUUAUAUUGCUUAAUUUCAUUUCAUUUUUGUGACCUGCGUCUUUUAAGCACUGCAUGUUAAAAUAAAUCAUUUUGAUCCAAAUUAAAAACAGAUAAACAGUUCUACAACUGAACAUCAAGAAUCAACAAAGUGCCUGCCCUGCCACAAAAUUCUGAGUGACAUUUUUUAUAAGGAGUACAUUAUGUUUUUCAGUAUAAAUGUAGAAGCACACAAAUAAAUCUAGGAGAACAAUGACUAAAAGUUCAUGAAUAAACGUUUUUGGGAGUAAUCCAUGCUGAAUCAAGCACAAUCAUUAGGUGAGAUAAACAUUUUCAGCUGGCCCUUUAAGUGACGGGCCAUUACCACGGUAGCUUGGGCACUCGCUUGUCUGUGAUGAAAAAAAAAAAAUCUCUGACUGCGAUGUCUUCCUAGCAGCAGACAUUUGCAGUAAACUCAAACUAACUUUGAAAAACAACCUAGCAAAAGAAACACGAGGAUAAAGUCACACAUUGGGUAUCUUCAGAUGUGUCAGUGUUGACUCAUUCACCCUAAUACCCUGUUGGUUAGUAGUUAACAAGUUCAUCCUCCCUCGGCAGGUACAUGGCCCCAGAACUGCUGGAUGACACGAUCAAUAUUGGCAGCUUUGAGUCAUUCAAGCGGGCAGAUAUCUACUCCCUGGGCCUUGUGUUCUGGGAACUGGCGCGGAGGUGCUCCAUCAGGGGUAAGUUUUUUAAAACUCUUAGUACAAAAGCAACCUGAAGCAAAUAAAAUGGAAGUCUACUAGAAAUGACACUAUUUAAAGCUGAAGCUAAUAUUGUAUUCCCUGUAUGGUGCACUACUUUUGACCAGGACCCAUAGGGCUCUGGUCAAAAGUAGUGCACUAUAGGGUGCCAUUUGGGACACCAUCAAGUUAUUUAACUCUUAGUACAAAAGCAACCUGAAGCAAAUGAAAUGGAAGUCGGGAAGUCUAGUCUGUGCAGCUAAUGCACUCAGAGAAAUGACACUGGAGUAGUGAUUGAUGCAGUUAUUGGUUUAUUGGGUAGGCGACGCAUAUACUUUAAUCAGUGAUUCAUCAUCUAAUGAAUAUUAAAGGAUGAUAAUAUUACCACCGAUAUUACGUGAACACAAUUUCUCAUAUUGCCAUGGAACUGAUGAAGGAUGGUACAUUUGUGCCAGGGAACUGAUCAAGAAAUGUGCUUGUCUUUUUUCCACAGGACUUCAAGAAGAUUUUCAGUUGCCUUACUAUGAUAUGGUGCCUUCAGAUCCUUCUGUGGAGGACAUGAGAAAGAUAGUCUGUGACCAGAAACUGAGACCCAACAUUCCCAACCAGUGGCAGAGCUGUGAGGUGAGAUACAUUUUUUUGACUGUGAUAGGGUUGCAAAAUUCCAUUAACUUUCCAAGGUUUUCCAGAAACCCCCGGAUGGAAGAUUCCUGGAAUCGGUAGGGAAUAAUCAGGAAAUCCGGGAAUCCUCUGAAAGGGGAAGCCUGGGAAUUUUGGGGAAAAUUGUACAACCCUAGACUGAUUUUUUUUUAGCUUCCACUACAGAGCCAUAGGGCCGACUGAAGUCAGAUGGGGAAUACAGUAUACUAACUGUAUGUUAGCUUGGUUAGCAUUUAGAAUUGUACCUCUGUAAAUUGAACUGCUGUUUUUGAGGAAGGUUUUUCUUGUAAUGACUGGGAUAUGGGGUUGUCUAACCUUGCUUAUUUGAAUGCACUGACUGUAAUUCUAAGUUGCUCUGCUCUGGACAAGAGUGUCUGCUAAAUAGCCAAAAUGUACAUGUAAAAUGUGGACCUGUUGAUUUGAAAAUUAUCCUUCUUGAUUUAUCAGGCACUGCGGGUGAUAGGCAAGCUGAUGCGCGAGUGCUGGUACACCAACGCUGCAGCUCGCCUCACCGCGCUGAGGGUCAAGAAAACCGUCUCUCAGGUGACUGUACUCAAGGACAUCAAAGAUUAG